UAAACUUGCAAGUAUUUUAUUUUAAAUUUUGUGUUUGGAGUCUAUGCCCUUGUUGUUGUAGAUCUGUCCAUCUACAUUGUUUCUGACUGACUCACCCAAAAAGCACGCUGGCAGUUCCAGCAGAUUUUAAAAGGCAUGCAGGACAGAUCGGACAGGUGAAAGAUCUUUGGUGCACGAGCUGGAAAAAGGAUUUCAAACCAGUGCAGUAAUCAAUGUAAAAGAAUACUUUUCUUUCUCAAACACUAUUUCCUUUUGGGAUUUGUUUGGUUGUUAUGAUGGCAACAAGACAUUAUUUUGUAAUUUGGAUUGUUUUCUGUUUUGACCUGGUUGAUUCUUCCUCUGAUCAAUGCCACCAGGAGAGAGACAGACUUCAGGCACAGUUGAGAAGUAUGGAGGCUCGUGCUGUUAAGCAGCAGUUGAUGAUCCAGAGCUUUCUGAACCUCAAUCAGCAACCUCCACUUCCUCUAAAUGAGAGCAUCUUUUUUGACCUGGGAGACAAACAAUAUACAGACUGUGCUCAGAUUUUCAAUAAUGGCUACAAGAAGAGUGGAUUUUACACGAUUAAACCUGAAAAGAGCCCAGCUCAGAUCAGAGUGUACUGUGAUAUGAAAGAUGGAGGCGGGUGGACAGUUUUCCAAAGACGCUCUGAUGGUAACGAGUCUUUUGACAGGGAUUGGAACGAUUACAAAACUGGUUUUGGUGAUAUCAAAUCUGCAAAUGGAGAGUUCUGGUUAGGGAAUGACAACUUACAUUAUCUGACAUCCCAAGGUAAUUACAGCUUGAGAAUCGACUUGGAAGACUUUGAGGGCAGCCACCGUUUUGCCAUGUACAAAAAGUUCCAAGUAGACAGUGAACAGAAUCAUUACCAGCUGCAGUUUGAUGGAUACAGAGGGAAUGCAGGAGACUCGCUCUCAGGAAGCUACAACCCUGAGGUGCAGGAUUGGGCAAGUCACCAGGGCAUGAAAUUCAGCACAAAAGAUAAGGACAAUGAUCGCUAUGAGCGCAACUGUGCUCUGGAAGAUAUGUCUGGCUGGUGGUUUAACAGGUGUCACUCUGCCAAUCUGAAUGGACUUUACUAUAAAGGACCGUACAGUGCAGUGACUGACAACGGGAUAGUGUGGUACACCUGGCAUGGCUGGUGGUACUCUCUCAAAACAGUGGAAAUGAAGAUCAGGCCAAGUGCCUUUGAAACUAAUGAAGUCUAACAUAACACGUUUUACCAUUGGUCAAUUAUUCUUGGAAAAAUAUAUAGAUGCUGUAUGCAUAUUGAAAUAUGUUUACAUACAGUUUAUAGUAUUGGAGAACAUAUACUGUCAAUGUAGUUUAUAGUGCGUGUGUGUGUGUGUGCGUAUAAACAUUACACCUAUAUAAUCACAAAAUGACAUGCAUUUCUACCAAGCAUGAUCAAAUGUAAAUGCAAACUUUUUACUCAAUAUUUAAUUAGACUCGAUCAGAGUGAGUUACUCAAAUAAAGUUGA